CCAAAAAUUUGUUGGCGAUUCUCUGAAAGAGAGAGGGAGAGAGAUGAUAAUGGUCACCAUCAAGAGGAGCCGUUUUCUCCGGAUACUGAUUUGUGCAUUUACGGAUUUGCUUCUGAGCAAGGGAAUGCUCUUCCUCUUUUGCGGUCAAUUUCUUAAGAGAAUGGAGUCUAUCUCACACUCACAGAACCCGUCUUUUAUAUGCUUCCCUAGUUUCAUGUUUUGCUAGGUGGGAUUUCGUUCUCUGCAUUUCCAAGCACACAUACACAACUAUGGUGGGUCUCGAGGAACUAACUGGAAAAGAGCUCUUUCUUGCUCUGUCAGACCCUGUUGCAAUCGAACUAAACCGGUUGCAGGACCAACUUAAAGAAAAGGAGCAGGAGUUGGGAGUUUCUCAUGGUGAAAUUAAGGCUUUAAGAGUGACUGAAGCUCUGAAAGAUAAGGCAAUAGAAGAGCUCAACGAUAAACUUAAGAAAUUGGAUGAGAAGUUUAGAGCAGCUGAGAACCUUAUAGAAUCCAAGAAUCUUGAAAUUAAGAAACUUACAAAUGAGAAGAAAGAGGCAUUGGCUGCACAAUUUGCUGCAGAAGCAACUCUCAGAAGAGUAUAUGUGAAUCAAAAAGAAGAGAAUUUUUUUCCACUUGAAGCUGUUAUUGCACCUCUUGAGGCAGAUAUUAAAAUGUAUAAAAAUGAGAUUGCUGCAUUACAGGAGGAUAAUAAGGCUUUGGAACGGAUCACCAAGUCAAAAGAGUCAGCUCUACUUGAAGCAGAAAGGAUAUUGAGAAGUGCUUUGGAAAGGGCUCUAAUAGUAGAGGAGAUCCAAAAUGAGAACUUUGAGUUGAAGAGACAAAUCGAGAUCUGCCAGGAAGAAAACAAAACCCUUGAAAAAACUAAUCGUCAAAAGGUUGUUGAAGUUGAGAAGCUUAGCCAAACCAUUCAGGAACUUGAAGAGUCCAUUCUUGCGGGUGGAGUUGCUGCAAAUGUUAUUCGCGACUAUCAACGCCAAAUUUCUGAAUUAAAUGAGGAGAAAAGGACACUAGAGAGGGAACUAGCAAGAAUUAAAGUUUCAGCUAAUCGAGUUGCAGCUGUGGUGGCUAACGAGUGGAAAGAUGAUAAUGACAAAGUCAUGCCCAUUAAGCAAUGGCUGGAGGAGCGGAGGUUCUUUCAGGCCGAGAUUCAACGGUUAAAAGACAAGCUAACCCUUUCAGAGAGAACAGCCAAGGCUGAAGCACAUCUAAAGGAUAGACUGAGAAUGAGACUAAAGACACUGGAAGAGGGCUUAAAGCAAGUGCCAAAUUUAUCAAUCAAUCUUAAUGCACCUUGUGGAUCCCGAAAAACUGAAAAGCCUAAUUAUAUUUUGGGGUUCCUAUCAAAUAAUGCUGGACUUCGGAGGAAAUCAACAUCACAACCAAUGUCUUCUGUUGCCAGCAAUAAAGCCUCCCUGAUUGAGCAGCCAAAUUUAGAGAUUGGAACAGCCAAUGAUGCUGAACAACUAAGACGAGCAAACAGCCUAAAGUUGAUAUAUGAUUCUGGAGAAAAGAAAUGGAUAACAAGUUUGUGGGCAUCCAGACUUAAGAUGCUUGAUAAUGAUGACAAGAAGACUGCAGAAAUGAAGGAAAACUCUAAUGUGAAUGUUGUGAAGUGUUUUCAUGAUGAAUCGGCAGUUCCUGAAGAAAUUAGAACUGAUGGGAACAAAAUAGAUUCAGAAAUUAGUCAAAUUGCAGAUGCUGGUGGUGAAGAUAUGGUUUCCGGUUUUCUAUAUGACAGGCUGCAAAGAGAAGUCAUCAACCUAAGAAAAUAUUGUGAGGAGAAGGAUGCAACUGUGAAUGCUAAAGAUGAGGAAAUUAAGAUGCUCAUGAAGAAAGUUGACACACUGGCAAGGGCUAUGGAAAUUGAGUCAAAAAAGAUGAAGAGAGAAGCAGCAGCUAGAGAAAGGGAACUAUCAGCCAAGAUGGAGAGCAAUAAACAAAAGAUCAGAAGCUCAAACUUCUCUAGAAGGUUUGCAAAAACAUCUUGAAGAGUCAAUGGAUAUCAGAAGUUAAAGUUGAUCAAAUGAAUCUCUACAUGAUUACCAAAAAAAGAAAAAGAAAGAUCCUCUAUACAUAUAAAAAUUAAAAGGUCGCUUUAAAAUAAGCUUCCAGUUCAGAGAAUUUGUAAAACGUGGAAGAUGUUAAUAUCAAAGUUGUACUCUGCUUUGUUAUCAAAAACAAAAAAAAAAAAGUCGUACUCUGCUUAUCCUA